GAAAGCCGUAAAGGGAGCGCUGCCUUUGGGCCCAGUGAGGGUGGUGUCGCUGGAAUGUAGAAGAACUAGGGGGAGAGACGCGCAUAUUUAUGUACACUGGAGCAUUCAUGUAGCAGGGUCAGACGAGGCUGGGACUGUUACUGCUGCAUUUGCCUUCAAAGUGUUCUUCCUGGCUCUCGUCCUGAUCACGUAGCUGACACCAUGGACGAAAACAUGGAGGAGGACGCCAGCUAUCAGCAACUGGUAAUGGACGACCACAAUCACAACAACUGGGAGGCAGAUGCUUAUCAGCAUCACCAUAACCACCAGCACCAUAACGGCCACCGCCACACUGAGCUCAUUCUGCCCGAGCCAGGCAGUAUGUCGCAAGCACAACAGGAUCCCAAAGAACUACACCACCAUCAUCUGUCUGUCAACGGGGAAGAGCGAGGGCCAGGAGCGCACAGGGAGCCUGAGCCCAUGACCAAUAAAGUAACCCUGAAUAUUAACAGUUCAGCUUCCAAGUUCUUGAUGAACGUUAUAACGGCUGAAGAUUACCAACGUACUUAUUGGCCGAAGCUGGACAGUGCUAUUGAUCAGCUUUUGACACAGUCUCCUGGAGACUGCAUCCCUAUUUCUUACGAGCAAAUUUACAGUUGUGUUUACAAGUGUGUGUGCCAGCAACAUUCAGAGCAGAUGUACUGUGACCUCAUUACAAAGAUAACCAGUCACUUAAGACGAAUCUCAGAGGAGCUGCAGGUCAGCUGUCCAGAUGCUUACAUUGAGAGGUUUAAUGCAGCACUCAGCCAGUACAUGGGAGCUCUACAGAGCAUUGUGCCUCUGUUCAUUUACAUGAACAAAUUUUACAUUGAAACCAAACUUAACAGAGAUUUGAGAGAUGACCUCAUAAAAUUGUUUACAGAACAGGUUGCAGAAAAGCACGUUCCUACCUUAAUGCCUUUACUAAUAGAAGCUCAGUCAACUCCAUUUAAGAUCACUCCUUCAACCAUGGCAAAUAUAGUUAAAGGCUUAUAUACGCUUAGACCUGAUUGGGCACAGCUGGCACCAAGUCUCUUUUCUAAAUUCAUCCCAAAUAUCCUUCCCCCUGCAUUGGAAUCCAAACUGUCAGAAUAUGCCGCUGAAGACCAAAAACUCCAGCGCGAAUUAAUACAGAAUGGCUUUGCAAGAGGGGACCAAUCACGAAAAAGAGCUGGAGAAGAACUAAUAUUCAAUGGGUCAUCAUCUUUAUCAUCGUCAUGUGCAAAUGCUAGAGGAUUCAGAUAGUGAAGACCUGUUUUUUGUAUUGCCUUGGAAGGACUGAACGUGAAGGUGCAAGGACUGUAGAGGAGUAACACAAUGAGGAGAACGGAAGCUUAGGCCUGUUUUCAUCUUGCCCUUAAAACAGAUGCCAUCUUUUAAGUUUUUUGUUCCUGAAGAUCAUGCUGCUAAUAGACUCUUUCCACUGGCUCAUAAUGUGCUCCCCUUACCUGGACCUCUUACAUACUGGUUCCCCUUAAACAAAAUCCAGCACUCUGCCAAUGUUUUUAAAAUGGGGUGUAGUCUUUUUUUGUAAGAAGCUCAGUUUUCUCCCACUUUAACCAUGUUUGUGACUGCUGUUUGUCAUCUAAAAUACUCCCUAUUUUUCAACAUCUUUCAGAAUUUAAUUUUUUUUAUUUCUAAGUCAUUGCAGGUAAGGUGGUACUGGAAUUGGUUAUUACACAGGAAUCACAUCUUCAUCAAAUUGCUCCUAAAGUAUUAAACAAAUAUCCUGAUAAUAUCUCAACUAAAUUUAAUUCCAAUGUCCAUGCAAUUUCAUUUGAUGGAAUUGAAGUUCAAAGUUAAAUUUAUUAUCAGAGAACAUACAUUUCACCACAUGCAAUCCUGAGAUACUUUUUCUGUGGGCAUAAUUAUUGCACAAUUGUGAAAACCUGUCACAUCCUAAGUAUGUUGACCUCAAAAUAAUUUAUCCAAUAAAAGGUUUGAGAGGAUUAUUCAAUGUAGCUUGCUUAGCAAUUGUCAUAGCUUGUAUAGGAAAACCCAACGACAUUGUUUUAAUUGAGUCCAGUACCACUCAAUUUAUAUUAACAUUACUAAAUAAUUAACAUUGCAGAGUGUCAUAAUGAUUAAUCUUGCUAUUGAAGUUAUUUUGGCUGUGUGAAAGAUCUGCCAUGUUAUUUAUUAGAUUAUUUCCUUCAUGGUCACCUCAUCUGGUAGAUCAAGUGACUCUAGAAUAUAUACUUUUUCGCCUGCACAGUUUGUUAGUUUAAAUUUGAGUUUAUUAAAGUGGUAUUGCAUGUAAUGAGAUCGCUUUCAAUUUCACCCAUUUUCACUAUUAAGGUUAGUCAUCUAGAGAAAAGGAAUGCAGAGGCCAAGUUAAGAUGGGACUUCCUGUUUAAGAUGGCGCUACUGAAGACAUGCAACAGCUUACUGGUAGUUCAAGAGCAAAAGAAUUCAAUUAAAACCAUUACUAAUUACACUUUUUUUGAAGUAAAUGGUGGUAACCUAUCACUGCAAGCAAUAAAGUGAGUGUAGCAAAACGAAUUCGCGGGGUGUGCCCUACUGGUGCGCUGCAAGUUUGACGCAGUUGGAACCUUGCUGGUUGGAGUAGAUGAUUUGGAGGGGAGAAGACGGACAGAGGAGCCCUUAUGCCAGUCCAAAUAACCUGGGUACGAAGGUGGAUUGCUCUAAACACUGAGCUGAUUGGAGAGAUCGAGCGGCUUCUUCAACAGUGAAAUCUAGGUCAAAAGCAAAUCGACUGGCAGUAUGUCAAGGAGCGAUUCACCGCAGCGAAGCUCAGGUCUAAUAUGAGGUACAGUCCCCUGUUUGGAAAAUCUGAAUGCUGGCCCAUUUAGAUUAUAAAGUCAGGGUCUCGAGAGUCAGACAUGGUUGGAUUGUUCUGGGCGCCGAGCCUAUUUGCAGGGGUUGAGAACAGCUCCUUCAGCAGUGAAAUUCAGGCAUGUAGUGAUUCACCGACAGUGGAGCCCGGGUCCUUGUAUGAGGUUCAGACAAUUUAAAACGCUGGCCCACAUAGUCUGGGGGCUUCUCUCUCUGUUAUCCCAAGGCUGUGAGCCUGCCCUCAGAUGCUGUGCUUCCUGCAAACUUUGCAGUGAUUUGCCACACUAAUAUGAUGUGCUGAAUACCGAGGCUUUGGGCCUACUCUGAGCUGUCUGGGGAUUUGGAUCUAAAGACUCAGUUUGGUUCGGAAUGCUGUUGUUGCUCGCUUCACUUUUUGAUAUGACAUGUUUUGUUGUUUUUUUUUCCUUCUCUGUGGGUACUGAGGGUUUGGUCUUAUUUUUUUAAUUGGGUUCUUUCAGGUUCCUUGCUUUUCAACUGCCUGUAAGCAAACAAAUCUCAAGGUUGUAUAACUUAUACAUUCUUUGAUAAUAAAUGCACUUUGAAACUUGAAA